CAUAACUAUUAUAAUUACCAGUUUCUCCCUAUCUCAGAAUCUGACCAGUCAUAUCAAUAAUGACCCUCGAGAGAAUCGUCAUCGUCGGCAAACCAGGCGCAGGAAAGACAACUCUAGCUGGGGAGCUAGCAAGCAGACUCAGUCUGCACAACGUCGAACUGGAUGCCAUUAAUUGGCAACCAAAUUGGGUUCCGCUUCCCAAGGAUGAAAUGCGUGAACGUGUCAGCGAAUCGAUCAGCGCCACUGAUAAUUGGGUGCUCGACGGAAACUACAAAGCUGUCCGCGAUAUUGUCUGGGGACGAGCCGACACGUUGAUCUGGCUUGACUACCCUCUCUGGCUAGCCCUGUGGCGAGUCUUCAAGCGGACAAUGGGUCGGAUUUUUAAACAAAAAGAACUCUGGAAUGGGAAUCGGGAAUCUAUUGGACAUCAUUUGACGCUGGAUCCCGAAGAAAACUUGUUUGCCUGGACGAUUCGAAUGCAUAAAAGCCAUCGAAACGACUAUCCAACUCUUUUCGAGCAGCCUGAGUACAGCCACCUGAAGGUUUUAAGGUUUCGGAGUCCUAGAGAGACGGAAAGUUGGCUCCAAACGAUACCAAGUGCAAGAGAUGUAUGAAAUAAAACGGUGGGAUUGGGAGAGUGUUGAAGAAGGCAUCACGGAGUCAAGUGGACCUCUGUAUUUUGCUCCUGCCCUUAGCUUCACUGAAAGCAUUGGUGUCGUGUUUGUUUGUCCUUUGCUAAUGGGUGAAAGUUGCCACCGGAAGCUUCGUAUUGGAGUCCUAUAACUUCACUAGUGGACUAGACUUUCUUAGGCCUAAUCCUUAUAACAUCCCGCUAACAGCUUUGAACCCCCUCCUGUGAAAUUUCCACUUAUAACCCAUAAUAACUCGAUGCUAAAGCUCCAUAGCCUGUGGAUGUUAUGCAAUAAAUAGAUUAUGUAGGCACACGAGGCGUGAUACCUGGAUGUAACGUACUCAGUUUCUUGAAAAAAUAUAAAUAUAGCU